AUGAGACCACCUGUGCCUGAGGUCUCCAUGCCUCGAUCCCGCAAGUCUUCCAUCGAACAGCCGUGGACCGAUCCCCGCAGUACCGCCCCUGCGACCUUUUUCCUGGCCCGCAGUCCUACAUCCCACUCGGAUGAGCUCUCGCUCGAAGAUUCCGAUGUCCCGAAAGAGUAUAUGUAUGGAGUCCAGAGUCUUGAGGACUCUGUUCAAGAGGCCAGCAUAUCCUCAUCUCAGAACAUAUUCGAUCGAUCCACUAGCGAUAGGCUCUCUUCCGGCUCAGCUGUAGCGGGUUUACGGCCUGGUAUCAGUCUCGACGUCAAUGAGAACGGUAGUGAGGAUGAGAAUGGCGUGGAUGCGCCACCACUUGGCCGUCGUAGAUCUACCAUCAGGCAGUUCGACUCCCUUCGGACAGAGGUCUCUUUGCAGCCGCCGUCAGAUCGUGCUUCAUCCCGUCCACUAACCCCGCUCAACCCCGACGAGCCUUCCUCUCUUCCCAGCAGCCCGAAAUCUGUCUCUAAUCAAUCCAUGAAGCACCUCGACGACAUUUCUAUCGCAGACGAUCUCAGCAGCCACGCGGUGGGCUCCGAGGAUGAGGGCAAUGAUGCUCGUGAAGCGUCGAAUUCGGCCGGAUUCGACAGUACAUCCCAGUUAAUCAUGCCUAGCAUCAGGAUGCCUAGUCGGAGACCGUUCACAGAUCGAGGAAAGACUAUGGGCCGCUUUAAAGUGCUCAUAGCUGGCGCUUGCGGAUCCGGGAAAACCUCCCUCAUCAAAUCUAUAGUACAGGCUUGUGAAGAUAUCGUGCAUGUCGACCCCUUCCCCUCAUUAUCUCCUUCAAACCUGUCAGCUCGCGCGCAGCCCCCAACUACAGCAGCGGUGAUCUCGGAAAUCUACGCUAGCACCAAACCCUACCCUCCGUGGUGGUCAGAUCUGGAAGAGUCUCGCAUUCUGCGGAGGAGAAAGAGCAGCGGCGAUAUUGUUCUUGAACGAAAUCUAUGCUUCGUCGAUACUGCGGGCAACGGCUCGAGUAGAGUCGGACAAACUGAUGCUAUUAUUCAUCAUAUUCAGCAACAGCUCCUGCGGGCCACGACGGCCGUGAAUUCCUCUAACACCGAUUUCGAAAAUCUACUCGCUGGCAACGGCGGAGCACAAGUAGACGCUGUUCUCUACCUGAUCUCGGAGAGUAAGUGGUCUACAUCAAGCUACUUCCAUUGCUACGAUCGUGCUGACCUUCCAGACACACUUGCCGCGGAUAUUGAGUGCAUCAGGAAGCUCUGCGCCUGGACAAAUGUUAUUCCCCUUAUAUCCAAGUCAGAUCUACUGACUCCGGACCAAAUUGCGACUCUCAAAUCGUCCUUUCACGCGAAAGCCCAGAUGGCGUCCAUAAAACCCUUCCAUUUCGGUGAUGCAACUUCCGCCGCGGCAGAUGGAUUCUCGAGUCACUCACCAUUCGCCAUCUCAUCCGCGAAAGUAGAUGAUGAAGACGUCAUGGACGCUAGCACAUUGAUGAGCCCAGACUAUGUGCAGCCUCUGGCACCUUCCGAACUCUCUCUACUUGUACAAAAGUUGUUCGAUCUCGACAACAUGGCAUGGAUCCGACAUUCUGCUGCUAAGAAGCUUGUUCAGAGACAACAUGACCAGGGACAGCAAUGGGAGGUCUCACGGCACAGCACCAACCCUUUUGACGGCCAGAGCACUGUAUCCAGAUCUACCUCCUCAGUCAUCUCUGCUAGUUAUCUCGAGGGUAUUACGUCUCCGCCUAGCGGGCGCAUCCCCAGCUAUACCAUGGCCCGAAUAUCGGAUUAUACGCAACGUGAGGAGAAGAUGGCCCGUGUACAGUUGGCCAAAUGGGCCUCGGACUUGCAGCGAAGCCUCCAAAAUGAACGAGAAAGAUAUGCGGCCUUGGCCAGAGGAGAAAGGGCCGUCUGGCUCACCGAAAGGCUCGGGGAGUGUGUUGUGGAUGGUUCGCUGGUGCCGAUUACAAAAACCCCCGGAUUUUGUGGACUUCGCCUUCCUACGGAUAAUGCAGGCGGUCGCCUGUUCGUCCGCACUCAAGACGGCAAAAAGAUGGAAUAUCGAGUUACCAGUAUAAGUCCGCAUGAUCCCUUGGGUAUUGUCUGGUGGUCCGACGACCUCAAACAACGAGGGUGGGCGAUUGUCCAGAUCUUUGGUAGCCUCGGUGUAGUGGGAGGGCUUGCCUUCUGGCUUGCGAAAGCCUGGGGAUUAUCAUCACGCAGCCUGUCUGAGUGGCGCUUUGACUGUUGCAGCACCUGCAAUUAA